CACCAGUCUUGAGCUUCGAAAUCCCUCGGUCGAGCUUCAUUGUGCACUUCUUUUUCAAGUUAUUUUAAUUACAAAACUUGACCUAAUUCAAGAUGUUUGCCCUUUCUGAGGAGUCCAAGGAGCGCAUUGCCAAGCUCAUUGACGUUUCCCGCGUCGCCAUUCACUAUGGCUACCUUCCUCUGAUCCUCUACCUCGGCUACACUCGUAGCGAGCCCCGACCUUCCGUCAUCCGCCUUCUCUCUCCCCUCUCCUAAGCGAAGCGCAAUUUUGUAAUGAGACGAAACCAAAGAACCAAUGUACGAUAUCUUGUAAAAAGGAUGCUUUACGACGCAGAGGGAAAGGAACGACUACCACCAGCAUUUAUGGCGUUAGUGACGACAAGCUGGGAAAAGUUAGGAGAAUGGGAGGGGUUCUGUACGAAGUGAAGGGUGUGAAAUAUCGCGCCGUGUAUCAUCCAUCUCGCAACGCUAUGAGGACUGGGAAAGCCCAGAGAAAAAGGGAAAUCCACUCAUAAUUAAAAACUCGUGAACCAAA